CUUUUUCUUCCCUCUCUCUCUCUCUCUCUCUUCCAAUUUGCAAACAAACCCUAGCUUACCUUUCUCUCUCUACCUCUCAUCAUGAACAACAACGAUCCUGAAAAUCCCGAUCUGACCAACGAUGACUCUUCUUGGACACAACUCAUAGCUCCAGACUCUCAUCACUUCUUCCACACAGACACUUCCAACAUCCUCUCUGACUUUGUCAGGAACCUCCACGCUUCCUCCCAAUCCGGUUUACACACCCUCCGGUUUGAUACAGGUUUAACACCUACCGUGACCACCACCACUCCUUCCUCUUCCUCAUCCGCAGCCGUUAAAGAGGUUUCUACAUCUAAUAACCUCCCUGCUACCUCAAGUUCAAGCGAGGAUCCAACGGAGAACUCAACCGCCUCCGCCGUGAAAACACCGGAGACACCAAAGAAGGAGAAGAAGAAGGCUCAGAAGCGAAUCCGGCAACCAAGAUUUGCGUUCAUGACCAAGAGUGAUGUAGAUAAUCUUGAAGAUGGAUAUCGAUGGCGCAAAUAUGGACAGAAAGCUGUCAAAAAUAGUCCAUUCCCAAGGAGCUACUAUAGAUGCACAAACACUAGAUGCACGGUGAAGAAAAGAGUAGAACGAUCAUCUGAAGAUCCAUCGAUAGUGAUCACAACAUACGAAGGACAACACUGCCAUCAAACCACUGGAUUCCCUCGUGGCGGAAUCCUCACAGCUCACGACACUAGUCACUUCACAUUCCAUCGUCACCUCCCUCCUCCAUUGCCAAAUCCUUAUUACUAUCAAGAACUCCUUCAUCAACUUCACAGAGACAAUACUUCUUCACUGAGAUUACCCCAAUCUACUACUGAAGACGGACUUGCUGCUGUGUCGUCUAUUAAUCCAUCAGAAGAAGGCUUACUUGGUGAUAUUGUACCUCAAACCAUGCGCAAUCCUUGAGGUACCAUCAGCAAAUCAUCAUUAGCUUGGUAGCAAUGCUAAUGAGGGAGGUGCUAACUAAUUUUCUAGAAGAUAUUGCAAACUGGAAAACAAUACAGCCUCAACGGGUUGUAAGCAGAGAUUUUGUAUAUUAUUUCAUUGUUGGCGUCGGUCUCACCACCGGUAAGGUUGCAAUUUCUUAAGGCAUAUAUAUAUAUAUGUAUAUAUAUAUACAUAUA